GAAGAUACUCAAUUUAUGAACAUAGGGAUCCAUUAUUUUUAGAUUAUAUUUUUGAGAGCGUUCUGUGUAUUUAUCGUAGUUACUCACAUCGCAGCGAGCAACGACAUCAAUGCCCCAGAACUUGUUGCGAAAGUGGUUGGAGGGGUUCUUAGCCUCCUUUUCAAUGGUUUUAUUGAGUGAGAUUGGGGAUAAGACAUUCUUUAUUGCCUGUUUGAUGUCCAUGAGGCAUUCAAAAAUAUCUGUCUACAUCGGAGCAGUUUUUGCCUUAGCCGCCAUGACGAUUUUCUCGACGUUGAUGGGUGUUAUGGUUCCUAAUGUUGUAUCCGUUCGUGUUACUCAAGCAUUAGCGGUAUUUCUCUUCUUUAUGUUUGGCAUCAAGAUACUUUACGAGGAGUUGAUGACAGGAAAAAAUUCUGAUGAAGAGAAUGAAGAUGAACUAGCUGAAGCUGCAGCAGCGCUUCGCCGGCGAGAUCCACUCGAUGCUGUAGAGACAGGAAGCGUGGGGACCUCCGUGUACACCAGUCCGUCCGCCAAACGCUGGCGCAAGUUGCUCAAUCCUGUGAUGGUAGAGGCUUUCACAUUGACAUUUCUUGCGGAAUGGGGUGAUCGUAGCCAAAUAGCAACCAUCGCAUUGGCUGCUUCGAAGGACGCAUAUGCAGUUACAAUUGGUGGCGUGCUGGGCCAUGCUAUCUGUACUUGUGGCGCUGUGUUAUGUGGAAAACUCAUAGCGCAGAGAAUAUCAAUAAAAUCUGUGAAUAUAUUGGGUGGAAUCUUGUUUAUUUUCUUCGGUUUAGGAACCCUAUACGAAGUGUUAACCAGAUCUCAUGAAAUUGAAAAGACACAUCAGGUCAAGCCUAUUUCAGAAUAAUGCCGAUUUCUAGUUGACAGGUAGUAGAAAUCACAGUAUUUUAGUCUUUGCUUAAAAGGCAUAUUUUUCUUCUCUCAGUUGGAAAGGAUGAUUAUGAAGUUAACCAAAUAAUAAUGUUUAUCAAAAUAACUGCUAUCUUACUUGCCAUGUUUGUUCUAGAAUUUUAAUGUGAAGCAUAUUUUCACAAACUUUUAUGGAUGGAUAUACAUAUAUAUUAUCGGUGAGUUUUUUUUUUGUUGCUACCGAUUGGAUCGCCUGACAUCAGCGGAUAUUCUUUGUGGUAAAUUUGAAGUUCAAGUAUAGUCUAUAUACACUAAGCGAGUUUGUUUACAUAUAUAGAGAGGUACUCUUGAAUUUUUAGACCAUUGGAUAUCUACAAAUGAAUUGUUUUUUAUUCGUGCUAAGAAAGGUGAUUUGAUCGAGCAUAGUAAAAAUUAAAGGUACUUAAAUAAAUAGAUUCGAUGCUAAUUACGUGCUCCUGUCUCACUCUUUCAUGUAUAGUGUAACUGAUGGGUUCAGUACGAAUAUUCUUCGUGUGUGUUGGGUGGUAAAAAAACA